UUUACAAAGUGUACACGGAACUAAUUUGCCACAUACCUUGUUUAAUUCGCUUGAAAAUAGAUUUUGGACUCUAGCAUGCUACAACAGUGUCAACCAUUUGCUUUAUCUUGAGACGCCACAAGAAAAGUCAGAACGAUCUUUGUUUCCAAUGUCUGCAUUGAAUAUUAUCUCUUGGUUAGGUACACAAUAAUGAGCAACAGAUAUCAACAGCUUUAGUUUUAUUAGCACCAACAAGAACUGCAAAGUUCACCAUUCUACAACAAAAUGAAACCAAUGUCAUAUCUUAAUGCUGUACUUCUUUUCUUUUCUUACUUCAAUCUAAGAGAUUCUACGGCUAAUGACAGCAUUACAAUGGAAAAGUUCAUUAGAGACGGAGAAACAAUAGUCUCUAGCAAUGGUACUUUCAAACUGGCAUUUUUCAGCCCAACAAACUCAACAAAUCGCUAUGUCGGUAUCUGGUACAACAAACUUACUGUGGUGGAUGUAGUUUGGGUUGCUAACAGGAACAAUCCACUGAAUGACUCUUCUGGUAUAUUCAAGAUCUCAGAGGAUGGAAAUCUCCAGGUAUUAAAUGGUCAGAAAGAAAUCCUUUGGCACACAAAUGUCACACAAAGGGACAGUAAUUCGUCAAAAGCCCAGCUUUUAGAAUCUGGAAACCUAGUAUAUCUCAGUUCCAACAGUACAAUUUUAUGGCAGAGCUUUGAUCACCCCACCAAUACUAUUUUUCCAAAACUAAGUAUGAUUUUCAACAAAGACAAUUAUAAAAUUCCACUUUUACAGUCAUGGAGAAGUCCAUCAGAUCCAUCUACAGGAAGGUUCUCUUUUCGAUUUGACUCUGUUGUUCUACCUGAAUUUAUAAUAUGGAAUGGUGAUCGUCUAUAUUGGAGAAGCGGCCCUUGGAAUGGUAACAUGUUUAUCGGAAUACAAGUUAAUUACCCUAACUUCCAUAGUCAUGGAGUGAGUCUUCAGAACGAUGGCCAGGGAACCGUUACACUAACUUAUUUGAACCCUGAGAAUUCUUUGUCAAACAUUGAAUUAGACCACAAAGGAAACUUUAUACAACAGUACUGGGAUGAUGCUAAUGGAAAAUGGAAAGUUUGGUGGCAGGCUCCAGAAAAUGAGUGUGGUUUUUAUGGGAAGUGUGGCAAAUUUGGAAGCUGCAAUUCUCUGCAGUUUCCAGUUUGUAGAUGUCUGAAAGGCUUUCACCCAAAGAACAGUAAAGAGUGGGGAAAAGGAAACUGGAGCAGUGGGUGUACGCGAAGGACUCAACUACAAUGUGGAAUUCAAGGUGCAAAAGAUGAUGUGUUUCUGAGGUUAAAGAUGAUGAAAGUACCAGCAAAUACUGAGUGGUUACCAGGAUUCGAUGAAGGGGCUUGCAGAAGCAACUGCUUGAGAAAUUGUUCAUGUUUAGCUUACGGGUAUGAUAUAGGGGUGGGUUGUAUGUCCUGGAGUGGAAACUUGAUUGACACACAACAGUUUUCCUCUAGUGGGGUGGAUCUUUACCUUCGCCUGGCAUCCUCAGAGCUAGGUAAUAACAGUAAGUCAAAAACAAUUAUAUUAGCAGCAGGAAUUUCAGGGACUGCCACAGUGGUAGCCAUCAUAUACUUCUUGUGGAAGACGAAGUCUAAACAAGGAAAGAAAAGUGAAAACUAUAAAGCAUUGUUGAAUAUGCUUGGAAACAGUAAAGCCCUAUUCAACCUCGAAGAACUAUCAUUCUUCGAGUUUAAGAAGCUGGCUACAGCAACAGACAACUUUCAGGAAAGCAACAAGAUAGGAGAAGGUGGUUUUGGCCAAGUUUUCUGGGGAAAAUUGCCAGAUGGUCAAGAAAUAGCAGUAAAAAGACUAUCAGAAACUUCUCGCCAGGGUCUGGAAGAGUUUCUUAAUGAAGCAGCAGUUAUUUCUAAGCUCCAGCAUCGUAACCUCGUCAAACUUCUUGGUUGCUGUGUUGAAGAAGAAGAUAAAAUGUUGAUAUACGAAUACAUGCCAAACAAAAGCUUGGACUGUUUUUUGUUUGACUCACGAAAACAAGAAAUUCUAGACUGGGAGAAACGCUUCAAAAUCAUUGGAGGAGUAUGUCGAGGUCUCCUUUACCUCCACCGGGACUCCAUACUAAAGAUAAUUCACCGAGAUCUAAAAGCCAGCAAUAUUUUGCUUGAUGAAAACUUGAACCCAAAAAUUGCAGACUUUGGUAUGGCAAGGGUCUUUGGAAGCAACCAAGAUCAAGCCAACACUAGAAGAGUAGUUGGAACAUAUGGUUAUAUGUCUCCUGAAUACGCAAUGGAAGGUCGUUUUUCUGAAAAAUCAGAUGUAUUUAGCCUUGGAGUAUUGAUAUUGGAAAUUGUGAGUGGAAAAAAGAAUACCAGGUUUUGGGAUGAGGAGCGGUCCUUGAGCCUCUUAGGCUAUGCGUGGAAACUCUGGAACCAGGAGGAAAUCAUUUUGCUGAUUGACUCAAUGAUAAUUUAUGACUCAUGCUUUCACGAGGAGAUCAUAAGGUGCAUGCAUGUUGCCCUUUUGUGCGUACAAGAAUUCCCAAAAGACAGGCCAACUAUUACCACAAUUAUCUCAAUGAUCCAGAGUGAAAUAGCAGACCUACCAUGUCCAAAGCAGCCUGGCUUCACUCUCAGCCAAUUUCAUACCGAUAAAGGGUCCUCUCAACAAGGGCAAGAAAGAGGUUCUUCAAAUACAGUUUCUAUCACAACUAUGAGUCUCACCUAUCCACGUUUAAGAAUUUGCACGGCUAAUGACAGCAUUACAACAGAAAACCCCCUCAGAGAUGGAGAAACUAUAGUCUCUGGUGAUGGUACUUUCAAGCUGGCAUUUUUCGGCUCACCAAACUCUACUGAUCGCUAUGUCGGUAUCUGGUACAAUAAAGUUUCUGUGAUGAAAGUAGUUUGGGUUGCUAACAGGAACAACCCACUGAAUGACUCUUCUGGUAUACUCAAGAUCUCAGAGGGCAAUCUUCAGAUUACAUUCAUGGAGAAGCCAAUCCAGUACUGGGAUGAUGCUAAUGGCAAUUGGAAAGUUUUGUGGCAGAACCCAGAAAAUGAGUGUGGUUUCUACGGAAAGUGUGGCGAAUUUGGAGGCUGCAACCAUCUACAAAAUCCAAUUUGUAGAUGUCUAGAGGGUUUCCUCCCAAAGAACAAGCAAGAGUGGGACAAAGGAAACUGGAGCAGAGGUUGUACACGAAGAACUCAACUACAAUGUGGAAUUGAAGGUGCUAAAGAGGACGGGUUUAUGAGGUUGAAGAAGAUGAAAGUGCCUGCACAAACUGAGUGGUCCGCUGGGUUAGAUGAAGACGGUUGCAGAAGCCACUGUUUAGGAAACUGUUCAUGCUUAGCUUACGCAUAUGAUAUAGGUGUGGGGUGUAUGUCUUGGACCACAAACUUGAUCGACACAGUAGAGUUUUCUACCAGUGGGGUAGAUCUUAACCUCCGUCUGGCACACUCAGAACUAAGUAAUAACAGAAAAUUGAAAGCAAUUAUAGCAGUAACAGGAGUUUCAGGGACCGCCACGCUAGUAGCUUUCAUAUACUUCUUGUGGAACAAGAAGGUUAAACAAGCAGGAAAGAAAAGUGAACACUAUAAAGCAUUGCUGAAUAUGCUUGGAAAAAGUAAAGCCCAAGUCAUCGAAGAGUUGUCUUUCUUUGAGUUUAAGAAACUGGCUAUAGCAACAAACGACUUUCAUGAAAGCAACAAGCUAGGAGAAGGUGGUUUUGGCCAAGUGUUCUGGGGGAAAUUGGCAGAUGGUCAAGAAAUAGCAGUAAAAAGGUUAUCACUUACUUCUCGCCAAGGUAUGGAAGAGUUUCUGAAUGAAGCAGCAGUUGUUUUAAAGCUCCAGCAUCGGAAUCUUGUCAAACUUCUUGGUUGCUGUGUUGAAGAAGAAGAAGAAAAACUGUUAGUUUACGAAUACAUGCCAAACAAAAGUUUGGACGCUUUUCUGUUUGAUCCAGAAAAGCAGAAACUUCUCGACUGGAAAAUACGCUUUGUAAUUAUCAGAGGAAUAUGCCGAGGUCUCCUAUACCUUCACCGAGAUUCCAGACUAAGGAUAAUUCAUAGAGAUCUAAAAGUCAGCAAUAUUCUGCUUGAUGAAGACUUAAACCCAAAAAUUGCAGAUUUUGGGAUGGCAAGGAUCUUUGGAGGCAACCAAGAUCAAGCCAAGACUAAAAGAUUAGUAGGAACAUAUGGCUAUAUGUCUCCUGAAUACGCAAUGGAAGGGCGUUUUUCAGAAAAAUCAGAUGUAUUUAGCUUCGGAGUAUUGCUACUGGAGAUUGUAAGUGGGAAAAAGAAUAGCAGAUCUUGGGACGAAGAGCAGUCCUCGAGCCUCUUAGGCUAUGCUUGGAAACUGUGGAACCAAGGGAACAUAGUUUUGCUAGCUGACUCAGUGAUUUAUGACCCAUGCUUCCACGAUGAGAUCAUAAGGUGCAUACAAGUAGCCCUAUUGUGUGUACAAGAAUUUCCGAAAGACAGGCCAGAUAUUACCAUGGUUAUCUCUAUGAUACAAAGUGAAAUAGCAAAUCUACCAAGUCCAAAGCAGCCUGGCUUCACUCUCGGCCAUUCUCAUACAAGUCAAGGGUCCUCUCAACAAGGGCACGAAAGUAGCUCUUCAAAUAAUAUUUCUAUCACAACUAUAAGUGCUCGGUAAUCCAUACAUGUUAACUUAAACCACCAUAUUUUGCUGAUGUGUAGUGUGCACAAUAAUUUCACAAUUCCUCAUACUGCUUUGCCUUUCUAGCCUUGAUUGGUCGAUAAUCCAUAGAAUCCUAACUUUGCUGAUAAUAUUUCCAUCAUGGAUUUACACAAAGCAAUCCCUUUACAAUUGUAAGGGCAAGCCAGUGGGACUGCAUACAUCUUACCCUUCCCCACCACAAACUAGAGCCCAUGAGAAAUACUAGGGUGGUGGCGUCGCUAUCAGAUAUUACAUUCAUUUGUUAUUUAGAUGCUUUUUGUAAUCUUGUAUACAUAAGUGAAGGUUUACCCUCUACGAUUCCUAGAAUUACUCUUUAUUUUCCUUAUCAUCGUAAUCUCCCUUUUGGUACCUUCUCCAUCUGAUCGAACAUUUUUAUGGCAUGCCUUUUUAUAUUUUGGAUACACUUUUUCAUUCGGGAGAGAGGAUGGGCAAGGGAAUCCCCACUUUUAAAGUGCUCGGUUGGAGAUUCAAUCUCAUAAGUAGGAAAAAUCCUUACCACUAGAGCAAGUACUUUCAUAUCGGUUUUGGCUACACAUCAUCAGAAUUUUUUUUCCGAAGAACAAACUAACCACGUUAUAUAGAUACAUCUAUAUUCAAUUGUAUUCAAGUCUCAAGAUAACAUCAGUUAAUACAACCAAAGGCAAACUUAUGUUACUCCGCUAUUCACUUCACCUCAAACACUCAUGUAGGAUCCUCUGACACUCUAACAUGCUUAUGCGUAGGACACUUCAUUUUUGGGCCAAAGU